AUGGCUGAAGGCUCCAGGCCUCCUUCAGUGGCGUCCCUCGCGGCAGCCUCUGUCGCGCCCCAGGAGAAGUGCACGAUCCAGUCGCGAGCAAGAAGCCACAAGCCCCCGACGCGUUGGGCGACGCGUAUCAUUCCCUUGUUUCUUCUCUGCGUCAUUACUUUCUCUUCCUGGACACUCACAAAGCCUAUUUGUGUCGACUUCUUCUUUCGCAGGCACGAGAAUCGCAAGGCCAUAGCCUUUCUCGUUUUGCACUAUGUCUUCUUUGUCCUCAUGCUCGUUUCCUACGGCCGCACUCUUUAUGUUGUGAACUACGUGCCGGGUCUGGUCCCUCGUCUGCCGAAACUGGGCCUCAAGCACUUUUUCACCCGCAAUGUCUUCACUUGCCGGAGCGAUGGCAUGCCCCUCUGGUGCCAUGACUGUCAGAACUGGAAACCCGAGCGGGCUCACCAUAGCCGUGAGAUCCAGAGAUGCGUGAGGAAGAUGGAUCACUACUGCCCUUGGGCUGGAGGCAUGAUCGGGGAGACCUCCUUCAAGUUCUUCAUCCAGUUCUGCAGCUAUGCCUCCAUCUACUGUGGCGUGUGCCUAUCUGCUGCCGCUUACGUGACCAACCGGCUCGUUAGGGGAGGCGCGCCCACCUCCACUCCGGCCAUCGUGCUCAUUGCUGUUGCCGGCUUCUUCGGCCUUUUUGCCUUCACCAUGGCGGCUCUCUCCAUCCGUUAUGCCCUCCUCAACCUGACUAACGUGGAGAAUCUCAGCGGAGGCGACAAAGUCUACCAACUGGCCGUCCGGGUACCCUUGGACCCGGACCCCAGUGCCGAGUACAUCCCUUCGAUGGUCAAUGGUCACGAGACCGUCGUCUUCCCACUUGCGGAUCCAGACUUUGAUGGCAACCGGUACAUCUUCCUCCACUCCGGCGCAGAGGCCGUCAACCGUCCUCCCCCGGAGCACAAGUUCGCCCUCGUUAAGACCGAUAGGGGCGACAAUCCCUGGGACACAGGAUCGUACUACACCAAUUUCACGUCUGUCAUGGGUGACAUGGGCCCACUAGACUGGUUGCUUCCGGUACGAUUCUCGCCGUGCUGCGCUUAUAACUGCGAUUACCCCAUGGGCCCGGUUCUCAAGAAGCUGCGUGAGCGCCUGGAGUAA